AUGCUUUGCACUACCUACAAUCAAGGUUCACGGCGCUGUCCAGCUCGACAAAUCUCCUUCUAUCAAUCUCACUUUAUACGAACACAUAUGGUUUUAAAAGCUCAUCUUACACGCUGCCAUGAACAGUUUAAAGCUGCCAAAACAGCUGCGAAAGAGACAGAUGAUACGGCGACGAUACAACUGGACUGGAGUGAGAACUACACAGUGAAACAGUCGAGAGAAGAAAAGGGAGCUUAUUAUUUUGACCAACAUAUUUCGAUUCUUUCCGGCUAUGUUUGGUCAAAAAAUGAAUCCUUCAGUUUCGGUUCGUUAAGUGACGAUACUAAUCACAUGUCCGAAGCUUCAUGGAUUGCUAUCAAUGAACUUCUACUCGAUCUGAUUGAGCAAAAGAAAAUUAAAACAGUCAACAUCAUCGCAGAUUCGCCGGUGUCUCAGUUUCGAAAUAAAACUACGAUUUCUAUGAUGAAAAAGUACGGAGAAGAAAAUAAAAUUAACAUGAAAUGGAUUUUUCUGGAAGCUGGUCAUGGCAAAGGAGUCGCCGACGCAGUAGGCGCGGCUCUGAAACGAAAAUUUGAUGAAAGUAUUGCCUUUGAUCCAGAUAAUAGUUACGACAAUGCUGUAGAAAAUCAUAUUGAAAUCAAACUAUUUCUCUACGAUAGUGAUGGCAUUAAAGCUGUAAAAGAUUCUAUUUCAGCUAUUCGUACAGUGAAAGGGACAUCAUCAUUCCAUGAAGUUUUUGUUACAGAAGACGGUGCUUUGUAUGCUAAGAAUCUCUCUAAUGAGAAAGAGAGAUUGCUGAAAACUGUGUUCAAAAAAUGA